AUGAAAUUAGCAAGUCCAAGUUUUCAUAUGAGUUAAGAAAACAAUGCUUAAUUACUCGAGAUUGGUCAAUGUCUUAAAUACACAUCUUACAUGAUUGAUUCUAAUGUAUUAGAAUGAAUUGGAAUAUUAAUAGAUGAUUCUAACAUCAGCAUUGCAUUAAACCUUAAGCAGUUCAACUAUUACUUUAGAUUAAGUAUUACCUGCAAGAUUGGAAAAGUAUAUUACAUCAUAUACUCUAGCUACAUGAUGGCAACCAUUGAAUAAGAUUAAAAUCUCCCAGAUUACAUUUCAAAUUUGUCACUUAAGGAGAUCAUCAAUCAAAUUCGAUAUGAUUAAAUACUCCAAUUUGCAAAGCCUUUGGGUAUUGAUAUGCAAAUAGUUUAAGCUUAGUGAUCGAACAAAAGGAGUAGAAAUAAUUCCAAAUUAUCAACACAUAAUCUAAUAAGUAAAUUGGAUUUCAAUAAGUAAUAAAAUCAUUAUAAAUAUAGAAAAAAACAGAUGGAUUGAUAUCUAAUUAGAUUUUUAAUAAUAAAAUCAAUAACACUAGAUCAAUUAGUCCAUAACCAAUGAGUACAAUCAUUAAUAAGACUUAAUCCAAAACAUAAUCCUAAAUCCCUUUUAUAUAAGCAGAAUCAUAAUUUAUGAAUGAUUAAUUCAUGAAUCUAAAUCCUAAUUUAUCUAAUAUGAGUAGUAAUAGUAUAUUGAAUGAUACACCUUAAAGUAAUUAAUAACAUUAAUUGAAUAAAUGGACAGAUAAAUCUAAAGAAAAGAUUUUAUUCUAAGAUAAUUAUAUGAUAGAAGAAGAAACAACAAAACAUGUUAAACCAAAUACAAUUAUAAUUAAGAAAAGUGAGGAUCCUUAAUUUUUUUAAUAAUUAAAAAAUGCUCGAGUUGCAUCUCCGACUAUAAGAUAAGUUAAGGGAUCAGGUUUAUCUCCAGAACCAUAUAAUUAAAGUAAAUCCAAAUCUCCAGAAGUAUUAUAAGUUAAUAUAGCUAAUCAUUAUAAAAAAUUGGAAUCAGGUUAAAAUAUGAAGUAAUAAUAAUCCUAAUAAUAAUAAUAAUAAUAAUAAUAAUAAUAAUAAUAAUAAUAAUAAUAAGCUUUAAAAAAAUUACCAGAAUAAUUUAAAAAAUUAUUAACUGAUAGUAGUAAAAGAUAAAGUAUUACUAAACCUUUUGAUUAAAAUAAUACUAAAUUUGCUCUUAUUUCAUCUGGUUCAACUGCAUAAUAAAAAAAUACAAAAUAAAUAAAAUAAUUUGCAUUUUAAGAUUCUCUUAAUGAUAAUUAAAUGAAGGUUGUCUAAAGUGAAAAGUAAUUCACUCCUAGAGUAAAUGAAUAAGAAUAUGUUAAUUAAGACAUUUAAAUGAUGCUUAGUGAAUAAUAAUCACUCCCUAAAAGUAAAAGUCAAAAUAAAAAAUAAGAUGAAAAAUAAAAUGAUAAUAUUCAUCAAUAACAUUAAAAUUUUAAGGAUUAAUUCUCCUUUAAACCUUAAUUUGAAUAGAAAUAAUAUAUAUAAGAAAUACCUUAAUAAAUAAUCUAAUAAUAAAUUGUGGAAUCAAGAUCUAUUAGAGGAAUAUCACCACAAAAUAGAUCUAUUCAACAAUAAUUUAAAUAAUAAUCCACAAUUAUACAAUAACCACCUGUACCACCUAAUUAAUAGAAAGAACCUAUAUAAAUAAAAUUGGAUAUCAAAUAAUUUAUGAACUCAAAUAAACCUAAAGAUUAAUAAAGAUCCAUUAGUCCAAUCUAUAAUUAGAGAUAAUAAAUAGGUAUUAUUAUUAUAAUUAUAAAUAUAGGAGUGACAAAUGAAAAUGGGAGAUCUUAUUUUGUCAAUUUGAAUUUUUAAAAAUGA